UCUUCUUCUUCACUCGCCAAUGCAGAUUGGUGUCCGUUGCUGAGUAGUAACAGACUUAGCAAACACUAACCAUACCUCCUGUCCAUGGCUUCUCGCAAGGUCUUAUCAUCUCUUCUAAGGUCUUCCGCACGUCGGUCUGCGUCGAAGCCUUCGAUCAUCAACCCUAGAACCCCUUCCCCAUCUCCUACCUCUCGGGCUUCUCCCAAGGGUUUUCUUCUCAACCGUGUUGUAGACUAUGCAACUGCGGCAGCAGCUCCAGCGCCAUCUCCGGCUUCCUCCCCUCCGGCAACUAAGGGUGCUGGUCCCAGCGGUAAGAUCACCGAUGAAUUUACAGGGGCCGGUGCCGUUGGGCGUGUCUGUCAGGUGAUUGGUGCUGUCGUCGAUGUUAGAUUCGAUGAAGGAUUGCCUCCGAUCUUGACUGCUCUUGAAGUUUUGGAUAAUUCGAUCCGCUUGGUCCUCGAAGUUGCGCAGCAUUUGGGAGAGAAUAUGGUCAGGACCAUUGCCAUGGACGGUACCGAAGGGCUUGUUCGUGGUCAGAGGGUUCUUAACACUGGCUCUCCCAUCACUGUGCCUGUGGGCAGGGCUACUCUUGGCCGUAUCAUGAAUGUUAUUGGAGAGCCAAUUGACGAGAGGGGUGAUAUAAAAACCGACCACUUUCUGCCCAUCCAUCGUGAGGCCCCAUCCUUUGUUGAGCAGGCAACCGAACAACAGAUCCUUGUCACUGGAAUCAAGGUUGUGGAUCUCCUUGCACCUUACCAAAGAGGUGGGAAGAUUGGACUGUUUGGUGGUGCUGGUGUCGGAAAAACAGUGCUUAUUAUGGAACUGAUUAACAAUGUAGCAAAAGCUCAUGGUGGUUUCUCCGUCUUUGCUGGUGUUGGGGAGCGUACUCGAGAGGGUAAUGAUCUGUACAGGGAAAUGAUUGAGAGUGGUGUCAUUAAGCUAGGGGACAAGCAGAGUGAUAGCAAGUGUGCUCUCGUUUAUGGUCAAAUGAAUGAGCCUCCUGGUGCUCGUGCUCGUGUUGGGCUUACGGGGUUAACUGUAGCUGAACACUUCAGAGAUGCUGAAGGGCAGGAUGUGCUUCUCUUCAUUGACAAUAUUUUCCGUUUUACUCAGGCAAACUCAGAAGUGUCUGCUUUGCUUGGUCGUAUCCCAUCCGCUGUGGGUUACCAACCAACUUUGGCUACUGAUCUUGGAGGCCUGCAGGAGCGUAUCACCACAACUAAGAAAGGUUCAAUCACGUCUGUCCAGGCUAUUUAUGUCCCUGCAGAUGACUUGACAGAUCCAGCUCCUGCGACCACCUUUGCUCAUCUGGAUGCUACAACUGUGUUGUCCCGGCAGAUCUCUGAGCUUGGUAUUUAUCCUGCUGUUGAUCCCCUUGAUUCGACAUCCCGUAUGCUCUCUCCUCAUAUAUUAGGAGAAGAGCACUAUAACACUGCUCGUGGUGUACAAAAAGUACUUCAGAACUACAAGAAUCUUCAAGAUAUUAUUGCUAUUUUGGGAAUGGAUGAACUCAGUGAAGAUGACAAAUUAACUGUUGCUCGCGCUCGUAAAAUUCAGCGUUUCUUGAGCCAGCCUUUCCAUGUUGCAGAAGUGUUCACGGGUGCCCCUGGGAAGUACGUGGAGUUGAAAGAGAGCAUUACCAGUUUCCAGGGAGUUCUGGAUGGUAAGUUUGAUGAUUUGCCAGAGCAAUCAUUUUACAUGGUAGGAGGAAUUGAAGAGGUUAUUGCCAAGGCUGAGAAGAUUUCCAAGGAGUCGGCCUCUUGAUCACCCUUCAGUUUGACCCCUCUGUAGUUUCUCCAUUACUCUUAAACAUCAAUAAUUUAGAUGAUGUUAAGAAUGC